ACCCUGUAACCGUGGUCGUGGUCACAUGGUCUCGAUCCUCCCCCCAACCUGUCACGCUCGCAGUCACAUGACGUGACACGGCUCGUUGCGGGACUUGCGGGGCUGCUGCGUCGACAUGCCCGCGUAGGUUAUGUGUCGCCGAUGAUAAACCACAGCAUCCGCGAUGAGCGAGAAGAACGUAAACUCCGCUCUGGUGCGGAGGGUCAACAAAUUGCUGGAGUCCAGGGUGGAGCACGACAAGGACACGCUGGAGGCUCUGAAAGAAUUGUCGACGUUCUUCACCGAGAACACGUUGAACUCCCGCCGAAAUCUGCGCAGCAAGAUAGAGAGGCGGAGCCUGGCGAUAAACGAGGAAUUUCUGGCCGCCUUCAGGGAGGUGAAGGCUACCCUGGAUGACGUCUAUCAAAAUGUCCUGGCGAUGAACACGGCUGUGCAAUCUAUGACCGAUCGCCUGCAGGUUACGAAGGCCCAAACGUCGCAGCUGAUUGAACAAACCGCGAAGCUUCAGAGCGAGAGUCAAGCGUUAACCAUGCAGCAGGAAGUCGCAAGCGUAUUUAUCAAAAACUUGCAGCUAACUCCAUCCGAAUUGACUGUACUGCAUGGCUCGGCCAGGGAGUCGCCUAUAACGGAGGAGUUUUUUUCUGUAGUUAAUAAAGUACAGGAUAUUCACGGCAAGUGUAGAGUACUGAUGCAGUCCGGCUACCAGACCUUGGCUCUGGAUGUCAUGCAGAGGAUGACGCUGUUGCAAGAGUCCGCACUUGAACGAUUGUACCGGUGGACGCAGACCCAGUGUAAAAACAUAGAAAACGAACGUUUGGCGCCGUUACUCGUUAAGGCUAUGAACAAGCUGCAAGAUAGGCCGGUGUUGUUCAAGUACAUUCUGGACGAAUACUGUGCGGCUAGAAGAACCGCCCUGGUAGGGUCUUUCAUAGAUGCGUUGACGUUAGGAGAGAGUUUUGGGACACCUAAUCCCAUAGAAAUGCACGCCAAUGAUCCGAAGCGGUACGUCGGUGAUAUGCUCGCUUGGUUGCAUCAAGUGAUUCCCGUGGAGAAGGAGAAUAUUUUUAUUCUGGUGAAAGGCUGUGAUAAGACAGACGUGUCGGAUCAAGUGAAGCAGGCGUUGAGUAACAUCACGGAAGGAUUGUGUCAUCCUUUAAAAUCGAGAAUAGAGCACGUUAUAUCUACGGAGGCGCCGGCAACAGUAUUAUACUCGGUCACAACCCUGAUCAGAUUUUACCACGCUAUUAUCGAGCAAGUCAUACCCGACAGUGUCCUGGAUCAGACACUGUCGGACUUGUUGGUCUUGAGUGAAAAGAGUUUUCUAAGCAGGCUGCAGAGAGAAACGAGAAUCGCCCUCGGUGAGCGCGCGGAGCCUCCCGGAAGCGACUUGGUCCCCGCCCCGUCGGUCUCCAGACUAUUGUCGCUUCUAAACGAAAUCCUGUCUGUUGCCAGUAUAGCUGAAGACAGGGAAAAAGAUAUGCUACAGAUUGUAUCGUGCAUCAUCGAUCCGUUACUUCAAGAAGUUAACGAAACGGCAUCCAGAUUGCCAACCGUGGACAUGGCCGUUUAUCUUCUCAAUUGCAUGCAUCAGAUACAAUCGACGCUGGCACUGUACGAGUACAUGGACCAGAGAUUAGAAAGGUUACAGGCACAAUCGGACGCGCAAAUCGACACGCUCACGUCGGAGCAAGCUAGUUCCUUGGUCGCGCAUUUGAAUCUCGGCUCGAUCUACACCAUCCUGCAAGGACGCGACCAGGGGCCACUUUCGUCCAUACCGGGCAUGGAUGCCCUCAGCGUGAAAGAGUUCACCAAUAAACUGGAGGCGUUUCUCGUGAUGCCGGACGUCCUGCUGCUACCGCAAAUAAGCUUGCUGCAGAGCAACAAUCAUCGCGCGAUCACGCAGAGGCGAUCGUUCGAGGUGAUCGGCGCUAUAUACAAACAGCUGCACGACGCCUGCCACGACCCGAAGAAUUUAUACCAAAAUCCGAGCGGGCUCUUUUCCAGAACGCCCGAGGACCUCCUUCAGACGCUAGUUUCUCAAUAAUCGCAUCCCCGACGGGCAUCGUACACAUUAUAUACAUACAUGUACAUAUUUAAACGAAAUGAAUUAUGCGAAAAUAUUAAAAAAAAAACCAUGAAAUCCGCCUGAUUC